AUGUACUCCUCCUACUUCAGUUCCAUUACCUCCAAAGUCACCUCAAUCCGACAAAACAUCUUUCAAGGCGAAGCCGAUGGCGACACCGAAGACGACACCUAUCUCUGCCGCGUAAUGCGCACCUACUAUCUGCAAGAAAAGAAACAAAAUCUGCCAGCGUGGCUUCCCCCCGACCCACGCGGUCCACCCCCUACUCCUACCGUCCAACCCGUUUACACGCAAGCUGUCGGCUCUACAUACGGACAAGCACCUACUGCAGCAGGCGGAUCACAGGGUCUCAAUAGUCUUUUCGGCGGAGCAACAGGAAGAACCAAUGCGCCAAGUCCACCUCCAGGAACAGGAAGUCUGCGCGCGGCUAGGGGAACCGGCGGUCCGACCGCGAGAUCCCAAAGCCCGUUUGCGAAUCAGGGAGGUGCGCCGCCAAUGGGCACUCUGUCGGCGAGAGAUAGGUUGAAGAUGGGGAGAUCGAAGUCUAGCGCUAUGACGACAAAUACGGGGGGUAUGGGCGGUGAUGCGAGUGCGGAUUCGGGGUAUGAGAAUAGAGGUGCAGCGCAGAAUACGGGGGAGAAACCGUUUAUGUCGGCUACGAGUCCGUGGGCUAGCAAUGAGGCGGAGUUUGGGGGAGGUGGCUAUGAACCGCCAGUGCAGAGGAGGGCGGUGGGGUUGCCGAGUGGCGGUCCUGGGGCGGGAAGAAGACCCGGUUUACCCAGUGGACCGAGAUCGGGCAGAUAG